UGAAAUGGAUUUCAUCCUUCCUGAUCAACUUCACAAGUAUGAAGAUCUUCUAGAGGGAAUUAAUCAGGAAUACAAAAAAUGCGAGCAGCUUAAGAGACAUUUGAAUAAAGAGAAUGAUAAAAUCAUUAUUCACAAUUUAUCAGUGAGUGGAAUUAAUCAAAAAAUUUCCCAUGUAGGAGUUAAAGUAUUUUCAGAUAUCUUUGAUUUAUUAGCAUUAUAUGAUGAUGAACUGAAAGUGGAUGCAAAACAAUUCCUCAAGUAUGAAAGUCACAAAUUUUAUCUAAUUGAAUUGUACUUAACACAAGCCCUCCUACAAAAAGUAUCUGGCAUGAACUGCAUCAUCAAUAUUUGUAUCAACUAUGAUGAAAUGUGCAUAAAUAGAUCCAUGAAAAUUACAUCCAAUUUGCCCUCACCAAUACUAGAAAUAAUUCCUGUAGAUGAAAUUGUUGUUGAUUGUUCUGUAGAGGCUAUAUUGAUAACUGAUCAAUGUAUGAUAAUCAAAUUAGAUUCAGUACUUGUGGAUGUAUCAUUCCAUUUCAAAGCAUAUGACAAAAAAAGACAACCCAAUUUGAGAGAAACCUCUAUACUCCAAGUUGCCAAGAGAUACAAUGAAGAACUAGCAUUGAAGGAACUAAAUGAGACACUUGUAAUAAAUUAUGAAUUCAAAUUUAUAAUGGAUAUUAGAACAUUCAUUGAAAUACUAUUGAAGAAUUCAUAUCACUACUUGAGUUCUGAUCUUUUCACUGAAUUAAUUAGUUCUGACAAAAAUGAUUUCACAUUGACACUUUCUCUUGGGGUCAAUAAAUGUGAAAUAUUAUAUAAUAAAAAUGAUAAGAUAUGUCUGAGAACCACAGUGAGUGAUUUAUUGAUGCUCAAGAAAUAUUUUUAUAGAAUGAUUCAAGGAAGUGGUGAAAAUGAUAAGAAACUGUUAUCAAUCAAAGAACUGAAAAAUAGUCUUCCUUCGAAUGUGCAAGAUACAAGACAAUAUUAUAAUUCUCUCAGGAAGUGUUGGUCUAGUUUACUAAUGUUAUAGAUAUUUUAUAUUGUUUAUGGUAUAUAUGAUUGAAAUAAACAGA